CUAGAAACCCGCCUUCUCAUGGUUUGGUACUCUUUACUUAGGGCGACUCGACUCAACAAAUGAAUGCUGCUCCGAAUUUCCCCAUUAAUGGUGUUUUCGAUGAUUACUUUUCAAUGGGUUAGGAGACGAGUUCUCAGUGAUAUGGUGGAGCUCGGAGCUGUGAAAUAUGCGUGUGUUGUGCUCAGGGCGUCGUUUAUUUAUUGUUUUGAGCUAACCUCUUGGUUUCAAGGUUUUGAUUAUCUAUUUCAAAAAUUGUGAUGUGGGCUUUGAAAAUUUCAGUGAGGUGAAUUGGGAUCCUGUUGUCAACGGUUUGGCUAUAAGUUUAUGAUCUUAGGGUUUUGUUAGGAGUCUUGGGUUUUAAAGGUGUUGACUUCGGGAUGUUGUUCAGUCUUAAGAUUAUCAGAGUGCCUCAUUUGGCAUUUGGUUGUGUGAAUGAUCUUUCCUGACUGCGUUUAGGGCAUUUUAGGGUAGUUACUUAAGGCUUUAGAAGUGUUGCACUUCAUAUUUGUGUGGUUUUGUUAUGCUGGUUUAAAGAAUUUGUGUUUGGGGCAAUUGUGGGGUUUCAUAGUGAUUUUGAGGAACUUAUUUGCUCUCUCCGUUGAGUCAUUUUAAGCAUUUUUGUUUAAAUUUUGGGGUUGGGAAUGGAUCCCGAUGCUGAAGAAACUAAAUCCAAUGGGGCUGACCCAUUGGAUGAAAAAGGAAAAGGAGCAGCGGCUGAAACCACAGAGGCAAAUGAAGAUGAAGAGAAAAAGAAAGAAAUUGACUCUAAAGAACAAGAAGGUGAUGCAAACAAUGGAGUAAGCAAGGAGGAGACCAAGGAGACUGAGACUAAGGUAGAGAGCAAGGAGACGGAGACUAAUGAAGAGAGUAAGGAGGCAGAGAGUAUGGAGAAAGUGGUCAAGGAGAUAGAGAGUGAGGAGAAAGAAAGUAAGGAGACAGAGGGUAAGGAGACAGAGAAUAAGGAGAAAGAGGGCCAUGAGACACUGGUUAUAGAGAAAGAGGGUAAGGAGACAGAGGGUAAGCAGAAAGUGAGUAGGGAAAAGAAAAACAAGGCGAAUAAGGGCAAGGAUACAGUGAGCAAAGAGAAGAAGAACAAAGAGAAAGAGAGCAAGGAGGGAAAGAAUAAAGAGGAGGAGGGCCAGGCAGAAGAGAUGAAAGAAGAUGAGACAUGCGAGAAAGAAGAUAAAGAUGAGGCGGUUGGUAAGGAGGAGGAACCAAAGGGAACUCCAACAACUAAGAAAAGGGGUAGAAGAUCCAGCAAAGCUUCACAGGAAGAGAGCACACAGGAAAUCUCAGCAAAGAAGAAGAGGACUAGUGAUGUGGCUACACCUGCUACUCGUAGCAUUGAGCGUCCCUCAAGGGAAAGGAAAUCCAUUGAGAGGUUUAUUGUGUAUAAUGAGAAGGAGCCUUCCAAAGAGUUCUCCAUUGAAAAGGGUCAUGGCACGCUGCUGAAAGACAUACCCAAUGUUGCUUACAAGUUAUCAAAGAGGAAAUCUGAUGAUGUUUUAAAGAUGCUUCAUGUGAUUCUUUAUGGGCGGAGGGGGAAGAGUCAUCAAGUGAAAAGUAAUAUCUCUCAGUUCUCUGGUUUUGUGUGGGCCGAAAAUGAGGAGAAGCAAAGAUCCAAGGUAAAGGAAAAGCUCGACAAGUGCGUGAAAGAGAAAUUGCUUCAGUUUUGUGAUUUGUUUGACCUACGGGUUGCAAAGGUUACCUCAAGAAAGGAGGAGUUAGUUGCAAAGAUUUUGGAAUUUUUGCAAUCUCCACAUGCUACUACAGAUGUUAUUCUUGCUGAAAAAGAGCAGAGAAGCAAAAAGCGGAAGAGGCAGGUCAAAGGAAGUGUAGCGGGAAAGUCUCGAGGCACGCCAUCAAGAAGUUCAGCAAAGAAAAAAAGGAGUGCUGACACCCCAAAAUCAAAGGACAAAAAGGGUGCUUCGAAAGUGAAGGAUGACAAUGAGGAGGAAGAUGAAGAUGAAGAAAUGGAAGAAGUUGAGGGAGAGAAAGAAAGUGCGUCUCCAGAUGAGGCUGCCAUGGAGGAGUCAGACAAAGGUAGCGAAGAGGAAGAAGAUUUGGAAGAACAAGAGAAGGCAGAGGAAGAGCAAGUGGAAGAGGAAGAGGAAGAGAAAGUGGAAGAGGAAGAGGAAGAACGUGGCAAACAUGGAAGAGGUUCUAAAAGGUCGGUUUCAAAGAAGGAAACUGCUAAGAAGUCACCUUCCAAGAAAGCUUCAACACCUAAGAAGGUCAUUCCAAGCAAACCUUCAAAGAGUCCUUCAAAAUCUGCAUCUAAGAAGCCCAAAUCUGAUGAUAAGAAUGAUGCCAGUCCUCGCUCUUCAAGAAAGAAGAAAGACAAAGUAGGGUCCCAUGCCAAGUCUUCAACUGUGGAAAAAUCACCCACCAAAGAGAAGUCUGGUAGAAGGAAGAACAAAGGCAAGGCUGCAACUGAGUCCAGUGUUGAUGUACCUAGUGAAGAGGAUUUGAGGAAGGCGAUAUGUGAUAUUUUAAAGGAAGUUGAUUUCAACACUGCAACAUUCACGGAUAUCCUCAAACAGCUUGCUGCACACUUCAACACUGACCUUACAGAAAGGAAAUCAGCAGUGAAAAUCAUGAUUCAAGAUGAGCUGACAAAGCUUGCUGAGGAUGAGGAUGAGGAGUCAGAUGCUAAUGCUGGGAAGGGGGCCCCUUCAGAGGCCCCUGUCAAAGCUUCAAAAAAGGCAUAGUGCUUUGAAAGGAGAGUGUACUUUGAAAUGGCUAAUUAUUCCUACUCUUCCAAUUUGUGUUUUCUUUUGCUACAACAAAGUUAGGAUAUUCUAUGUUGCAAGUAGCUGGUCAUGCCAAGUUUCUACCAUUAUUGUUGGAUUUGAACAUAAUGAGUUUUUCUCCAGCUACUGGCCUUUCAUGUACACUGCUUUUGUAAUGAAUCCUUUGUAUUCUGCAUUUUAUGUCCAAGGAGUUUGAUCCUUCAAUGCCCUGGGGCUUUUUAAGUUA